UCCGAGAAUCGCACAUUCCGCAAUAUUAACCGUAGAUCAUAAAAUAAUUAUAUAUGGUGGUAUAUCCGAUGUCAAUGUGUCUCAACCAUUAGCUGUACUGGAUACCUCGCUUUGGAUUUGGUCACAUCCAAAAAUUAUUAGUUCAUUUGAGAGAGUCGGCAAACAAUUAACUAUCAAUUUUGAAAACAAUCCAAAUGACAUUACCAUUUUUAAUAUAACUAUUUGGGCAAUUGGCGAAUCAAAUGCGUUGUCUUUUGAUGAUAAAAUGUCAUCAUCAAACGGUCAAAUAACCCUUGGGAAAAGGGAUACCAAUGAAACUUAUAAUACCGUUAAUAAAGAUAGUCCUAAUGACGUCAUGUUGGCUGUUAUCUUCAUUGGAGUAGCUAUUAUACUUAUCGGUUCUGCCACUUUCAUUUUGUACAUUUGGUGUGGCAAAAGAAGAAAACACCGACAGAAACGUGACAUCAAAACGAAAAGUACAGCAGCAGACCACAUCUCAAUG